CCUUGAUAAACCGGAUAUCGCCGGAUUAGUAGUUGGGUCGGUGACGACCAGCGAAUCCCCGGUGUUGUAUGUUUUUCUUUUUUCUUUCUUCUCUUACCUCUUUUCUGCUAUCCUUGAGUACUGGACCCUCAGUUUUCAUCUUUGUAUGUCGAAUAUUGAAUUCGUACGACAUUAACGUAUAUAAACCUCCCAUGUUUAGGAACAGCUUGAUCUUGUUUAAACAUAAAGGAGUAUGUACCGGUCUUCGGUCGGGAUUCUAUUGGUCGAAGAUAGUCAGGGAUCAUAGAGUUUGUCCUUCCCCUUUUAGAGAAAUUCUCCGCCAAGUCCCCGGUUGACGGCAAGCCGUGCGUUCAAUAUAUAGGUCCUCGCGGAUCCGGCCACUAUGUGAAAAUGGUCCAUAAUGGCAUCGAGAACGGCAUGCUUUCCACCGUCUGCGAAGCGUGGAAUUCCGAGGGCGAGCUCAAGAACACCUAUUUAAUACAGAUCGGGUCGGAGAUCUGCCAAAGGAAAAAGACCCCUAAAGGUGAUCAGAAAGGAGAAGGAAAAGGAGAGAGCGGGUAUGUCUUGGAUGAUGUUCUUGAUAAAGUCGUGCAGGACGACGAUGGCUCGGAGGGUACCUUGUUCUAGAUAGUUAUGGAGGGCGUCCAAGGACGAAGGCUGGAAUGUCAAUUUAG